CAAAAUCAGUUUACGUGCGGGAGUUGGUUGGUUGCAUCAUCUAGGAUCCCUUUUGUUCCUAAUCUCAUCGGUAUCUCUAGCUACUUGGGAGGCCUUUCUGCGAAUUAGCAAAUCAUGUUAAAACCAUAAGCUGUCAGCCUUUAUAUAUCGUAGUGGCAAGUUACACAAAUAGCCACAAUCCUAACCUACGCGUCGUUUAUCGUCGUAUUUCAGACGCAACAGUUUCAGUUUCUGAAGAAGUAACAAAUAUGGUACUAGGGUACACUGUCAACCAUCUUUUUCAACAUCCUGUUGAAAAAGUUGUAAAUGCCCAUCGAAAGUCAUAUGACGAAAGCAAAGACAUAAUCGAAGUAAAGCAAGUCGAACAUGAGCACGAUGUACAAGGCCUUGAAUAUGUGAAAUGGAUUAUCACAUCAUUCAACCCCAUGCCCAAUAUUGUGAAAAAGAUGGGUGGAAUGGAUCAUCCAAAUAUUCAAACAGAAGAAGAAAUGUGGGUAGAUGAACCUAGCAGACGCCACUGGUUUCGUCAGCAAAAUAUUUCUUUCAUUGACAACAUGAUUCUGCAAAAAAACUCAACAUUUGUACCAGAUUCACACAACCCAGAUUGGACUUGCUUUGAACAAGCAGGAGCAGUUGACAUGUCCAACCUUGGUUUUGUUGGCAAGGCAUUAGAGUUACUCUACAAAAAUGUCAUGGAGAAUGAUGUACGCAAACAAAUUGCUAUGAUAGAGGGAAUUCUCAACAAAAAACUUUGAGGGUAAACUCUACUUUACAUAACUUUUUGUAAUAUUUUAAAUUUAUUUGUUAAGAUUUUUGUUAGAUUACUGCUUUUAUUGUUAUAUAGAAAUUGUUCUUUAACUGAUUUAUAGUGAUAGUUUAGGUAGGUACAUUCCAAUACUGGCAAAUAACUAGAAUGGUGCUAAAACUUA